AUGCCCUCUCAAGUUCAGCUGUCCUCUCACGUUGAGCUGUCCUCUCAAGUUGAGCUGUCUUCUCAAGUUGAACUGUCCUCUCAAGUUGAGCUGUCCUCUCAACUUGAGCUGUCCUCUCAAGUUGAGCUGACCUCUCAAGUUGUGCUGUCCUCUCUAAUUGAGCUGUCCUCUCAACUUGAGCUGUCCUCUGAAGUUGAGCUGUCCUCUGAAGUUGAGCUGUCCUCUGAAGUUGAGAUGUCCUCUCAAGUUAAGCUGUCCUCUCAAGUUGAGCUGUCCUCUCAAGUUGAGCUGUCCUCUCAAGUUGAGCUGUCCUCUCAAGUUGAGCUGUCCUCUCAAGUUGAGCUGUCCUCGCAAUCUGUGCUGUCCCCGCAAGGUGUGCUGUCCUUGCAAGCUGUGCUGUCCUCGCAAGCUGUGCUGUCCUCGCAAGCUGUGCUGUCAUCGCAAGCUGUGCUGUCCUUGCAAGCUGUGCUGUCCUCGCAAGCUGUGCUGUCCUCGCAAGCCAUGCUGUCCUUGCAAGCUUUGCUGUCGGUGCAAGCUUUGCUGUUGGCGCAAGCUGUGCUAUCCGCCCAAGUCGAGCUGUCCUCUCAAGUUGAGCUGUCCUCUCAAGUUGAGCUGUCCUCUCAAGUUGAGCUGUCCUCUAAAGUUGAGCUGUCCUCUCAAGUUGAGCUGUCUUCUCUAGUUGAUCUGUCCUCUCUAGUUGAGCUGUCCUCUCUAGUUGAGCUGUCUUCCCUAGUUGAGUUGUCCUCUCUAGUUGAGCUGUCCUCUCUAGUUGAGCUGUCCUCUCUAGUUGAGCUGUUCUAUCACGUUGAGCUGUCCUCACAAGUUGAGCUGUCCUCGCAAGCAGUGCUGUCCUCGCAAGCUGUGCUGUCCUCGCAAACUGUGCUGUCCUCGCAAGCUGUGCUGUCCCUGCAAGCUGUGCUGUCCCCGCAAGCUGUUCUGUCCCCUCAAGCUUAG